AGAGCUGCCAGAUUGACUGUGUAAAAUCUGCUCUUUAGGACUUCAGAGUCCUGGGCUGAACUGCUUGGGCCACAAUUUUCCUGCCAGCCUUACCAGGCAGAACCUCUACUGUAUUAGGGAGAGGCACAUAAUACUCCUACUCAUAAUUCUGUGAACUUUAGUUAUUACAAUGUAUGAGACAACAGUAGCUGUGCCUGACUGACACAGUGUAGCUUCUAAACCCAGCCAGGAUCUGGUUUCCCCUCUCUUACCUGGACGUCGUCCCUCACCUUGUAUCAGACAAGCAUCAAGAGCGACUGAAUCUUGACCCGAGGGACACCAUGCCAUUUACUUUGCUCUUAAUGAUGUGCCUUCUUUGCUCUUUUAACCAUCAGGUCUCAGGUGCCCCGGAGAGCUGCAACUUAAAGUGUGGAGAAAGGCUGCAAAGUUGCUCCUGCCAGGCAUCUUGUGAAGCCCUAGGGACCUGCUGCACUGAUUACCAUAAUUUAUGCCUCCAAAUCGCCCCUUACUCAGGAACAUUAAUGGGAGGAAAAGACUUUAUCAUUCAGAAUCUGACCUUUCAUUCAAGUGUUAAUAUAACAUGCAGAUUCAACAAUGAAAUAAAUACUCAAGGCCAUGUAGAUGGAUCUGGAAGAGCUCACUGCAUUUCCCCACUGUUGUAUGAAACUGGUCGCAUCCCUUUUACGCUGUCUGUCAAUGGAGAGAGCACAGUACUGCCAUCAGGAACAUGGUUAGCAGUGCAUCACAGCAAGGCAUCCGAGACAGAAAAGAGUGUGUUGAGAGACUCAAAAAAAUGGCAAUACUAUGGAACACCUGGCUACAAUGGAACCCUCACCUUGCUAUGGGACCCCAGCCUCCUCCAAACGGAGAACAUUCGUAUAGAGGUCUGGGGUUACAAGGAAACUGGAAUUCCGUACAGUGACUCCUGGAGCGCUAACUGGACCUAUCUCUACACUCUCAGUGCACAUGGCCCGAACAAUGGCAAUUACACAUUUACACCAUCUCCUGCCGAAUCACCCUAUAGCCAAUGGGAAGUUGGGAUGCUAAGGAUUGUUCCCAGUGAACUCCCUAUUGGAGAGAGGGAUGUGCAGUCAGUAUGGAGCCCUGUCCAUGCUUUGGCCUGGCACCUAGAAGAGAACUUCAGGCAUGACCCAUCUGCCUGGGCAUAUGACAAAUGCAUGAUCUGGAGUGAAUCAGAGAAGAAUAGCCUGCCAAACUUCCUGGCAGAAACAUCAGACUGCCCCUGUACACUUGCACAGUCAAGGGCUGACACUGGUAGAUAUCACACUGAUUAUGGUUGCAACAUUGAAAAAAAUAGUGUGUGUACAUACCACCCUGGGGCCGUCCACUGUGUGAGGAGCAUUAAGGCAAGUCCUCAGUAUGCAGCAGGACAACAGUGCUGCUAUGACUCCACUGGAGCUCAGGUGCUCACCAGUGACUCUCUAGGUGGUAGUACACCUGAUAGAGGACACGACUGGGGAUCCCCACCAUAUAGGAAGCCCCCAAGGGUGCCAGGCUUUUCCCACUGGUUGUAUGAUGUAAUCACCUUCUAUUACUGCUGCCUGUGGUCCGAUAACUGCAAGUAUUACUUGGAGCUCAGACCAUCCAGUGACUGUCGCACAUACAAGCCACCAAAAGUUGCUUCUGCUUUUGGUGAUCCUCACUUUCUAACGUUUGAUGGUUUGCAAUACAUGUUCAAUGGAAAAGGGGAAUACACAUUGGUCACUACCUCUGACCACGUUUUGGCUGUUCAAGGUCGGACAACACCCUUUGAAGGUCAGGGCAAUUCACAUAGAGCCACUUCUGAAGAGAUAAAUGUGGCCAGCUUUUGUUCAGUGGCCAUGAAAGAAGGUGCAUCUGAUGUAGUUGAAGUACGUCUAAAGCAGAAACCAUCAGAGGAGCUGGAAACCCUACUUAAUGGAGAGGUGAUCAGCUUUGACGAACAAAGUUGGCUGGACUUAAAAGGAGUGUUCCUUUACUCUGCUACUAAGCAAAAUGUUACAGCAAUGUUCCCCUCUGGGGCUGGGGUGGAGGUGAGAGCAAGAGGGGGAUUUUUGGCUAUCAAUGUCUUGCUUCCUGGUGAAUUCCUGAACCGAACUCAAGGGCUUAUGGGAGUCAUGAACAAUGAUCCUGCGGAUGACUUCACUUUCCUUAAUGGCACAAUAUUGAGACCUGAUGCCACCCCCCAGGAGAUAUUUCAAUUCGGUGCUGAAUGGGCAGUAACCAAUGAGACCUCUCUCUUUACCUAUGACUCUCCACGGCUCAUCAGUGACUACCAAGUUAAGCACGACCCUCUGUUCGUACCUACAUUUACCAUCGAAGAGGAUCCAAAUGACCCGUUAUAUGCAGAAAUGAUAUCAUUAUGUGGAAAUGAUACACUUUGCAGGUUUGAUGUCCUCAGCACAAAGGACCUAGAUAUUGGCAAUGCCACAAAAAUAUCACAUCUCAGCCACAUCAGCUUGGUGGAAAGCCUUCAACCAGUGGUCUCCUGUGGUUGGCUGGCACCCCCAGCAAAUGGAACAAAGAAUGGGACAACAUACCUGGAGGGAUCUGUUGUCACAUUCAAUUGCAACAAAGGGUUUACUCUGAGUGGAUCUACGCACAGAACCUGCCUGCAUAACGGGACGUGGUCAGGCGAUCCGGCUCAAUGUCUUUUAGGGAAAACAGAUUCGUGUGCAAGUCAGUGUGGGAAGGAGCUGGCGGAAUGCUCUUGUCAUGUGACUUGCGAAAAUCUCGGUACCUGCUGCUCCGACUAUCGCAGUUUCUGCGUCCGCAUCGCCCCAGAGUCUGGCUUGGUCAUGGGGGGCAGGGACUUUAUGGUUCUGAAUGUGACCUUCAGUAACAGCUCCGAUGUGAAAUGCAGAUUCAACAAUGACAUAACAAGGAAUGGCUAUAUAGAUGAAGCAGGGCACGCACACUGUACAUCUCCUCUUCUAUACGAAACGGGCCGUAUUCGCUUUGAAAUGUCUGUAGAUGGAGGAAAGACGUAUCCUCACUCUGGCACAUGGCUGUCAGUGCAUCCUGGAAAGGUGUCAGAGACUGAAAAAUGCACCUUGGUAAAUGACACAAAGUGGCAAUAUUACGGCACUCCAAAUACAGAAGGCACGCUGACUGUUACAUGGGACCCCAAGGCAUUCAAGGAAAAAAUGGUCAAUAUUGAAGUCUGGGGUUACCAGGAAUUAGGUGUACCUUAUUCCCCUUCUUGGACGGCCUCCUGGAACUAUUUGUACUCUUUAGCAAAGCAUCAUGACAAUAAUGGGUCUUUCACAUUCACCCCGGAGCCCGCUAAGCCAGAACAUAGUAUAUUUGAGUUUGGAAGUCUGAGAAUUAACCCCAGCCAGUAUGAAGAUGGACAAAUGGAUGUACAUUCACUAUGGAGUGUGGACCAUGCCAUGGCUUGGCAUCUUGGAGAAGACUUCCGAAAGGAUUCUGCUGGCUGGGCACAUGAAAAAUGUCUGAAAUGGCACGAAAGCGACAUGAGCCUUCCCGACUUCCUACCAGAGAUUAUUGACUGUCCUUGCACACUCGCACAGUCCCGAGCAGACACUGGAAGGUUUCACCCAGAUUAUGGAUGUGACAUAGAGACGGGCAGCGUAUGUACUUACCACCCUGGGGCUGUGCACUGUGUGAGGGGGAUCUAUGGCAGCCCACUAUACGCAGCAGGACAGCAGUGCUGCUAUGAUUCCAGAGGAGUGCAAGUCCUUACCAGCGACUCUCUAGGGGGGAGCACCCCAGAUCGAGGCCACGACUGGGGAUCCCCACCAUACAAGAAGCCUCCCAGAGUCCCAGGUUUCUCACAUUGGAUCUAUGAUGUUAUUAGCUUUUACUACUGCUGCCUGUGGUCCAAUAACUGCCACUACUACUUAGAGCUCAGACCAUCGAGUGACUGCCGCACAUACAAGCCACCAAAAGUUGCAUCUGCAUUUGGGGAUCCUCACUUAAUCACUUUGGAUGGGGCUAAUUUCACUUUCAAGGGUAAAGGAGAGUACACUUUGGUCACAUCACCUUACACAGCUCUAAACACCCAGGGCCGGACACAACCUGCUACUUUUUCAAAUGGAUCUGCCAGUUCUGUAACUGGAUUUUCCUCGGUGGUCAUGAAAGAAAAUAAUAGUGACAUUAUUGAGGUACGUCUAGCUGGAAAUUCACAGAGACUGGAAAUCCUCCUGAACAAAGAAGUGGUCAACUUUGAUCGGAGUUGGAUCGAUCUCAGUGGGGUAUUUCUGUAUUCUGCUACCAACCAAAAUGUCACAGUGAUGUUCCCUUCUGGAGCUGGAGUGGAGGUUAGAGGAAGAGGAAGUUUUCUGAGUGUUACCGCUUUACUACCUGAUAAGUUUAUGAACCGAACACAGGGGCUUCUAGGAGUGAUGAAUCAUAACCCAUUAGAUGAUUUUACCUUUAGAAAUGGGACCAUCCUACCGCUCGAUGCUUCCCCUCAGGAGCUCUUCCAGCUGGGUGCCGACUGGGCGGUGACCAACCAAAGUUCUCUCUUCACUUAUGAUUCCCAAUUUCUAAUAGAGACUUAUAAAACAAAACACGACCCACAUUUUGUGCCCACUUUUUCUGUCCAAGAAGUCCCCAAUGAUCCAAUCAAAGAAGAUAUGGACAAGUUAUGUGGCUCAGAUACAUUCUGUAGGUUUGAUGUCCUCACUACCCGGGAUCUAGGAGUAGGAAAUGCAACCAAAUUAUCCCACUUUUACCAUGCGAGCUUAGUGGACAGUCUGCAGCCGGUGGUUUCAUGUGGGUGGCUGAAACCCCCCGCCAAUGGGAAAAAGGAAGGGACCAGUUAUCUGGCAAGCUCGGAGGUGAGGUUUACCUGUAACAAAGGCUAUGUGCUGGUUGGAUCUUCUAAACGCAUCUGUCAAAUGGAUGGGACCUGGAGUGGCCAAGAGACCCAAUGUGUACCUAAUAACACCCUUGGCAUUGUCCUUGGAUGUGUAUUCGGAUUCCUAACAUUAUUAGUCUUAAUAAUACUGAUCGUUGUCAAUGAAAAAAAACGCAGCAAGAAGAAGGAAAUAACUGUUCCACCAGUGACAUUCCAGCAAUCUAGCGAACCUUAAGGAGAAUCCUAAAGGAACUCGUCAACAUGACCUUGCCACUGAAUAUAAACUUUGAUAACAUACGGCGGAAAAGAAGAAAAAAGAACUAUUAUGGCAAGAUUGUAACAUGUACUCACUAGCAACUCAUGCUACUAGAAACCUGGAAAAUUCAGUUGUAUCCCCUAAUGAUGUCAUGUAAUAUGUAAUGACACUAUGACAUGCGCUGGGAGCAGGUGUAUAAUAAUUGUAUUGAUUUUAACCUUUGGUCUUCCAUUUUACACACUGAUGAAUCCAGUGUAAAUGAUAUUUUCCAAAGAUUUUGUAAUCCAUGUAAUUGGGAGUGAUGGUUCAUUAUGCAUUUCACGUUUUAUGUUCCUAUUUAUUUCACAUGCUAUUAUAUAUAAACACUAUACAUAUAAAUAUAUGUUUGUUGAGGCAAACUAUGUAUUUAUUUUAAAUAAUAAACCCAAACUAAAAGCUCAUAAAAAGUAAUUUGGAGGUGUCUCUGGCCUAUACUUGCUGGUCUUGGCUUAUCCUCCCUAGCCAUGUCUUCUAAAGCCUUGCCCUGACUCCACUCAGCUUUCACUCUCAUGUCUAUGUAGUGCAGGGUUUAUAUUUGCCCUUGGGGUAUAGCCUUUGAUUUCCCAUCAGUAGCAUUGGU